AUGGAGAAGAGCGAGCUGCGCGUGCGGUGGCUGGUGCUGCUGCUGUCGUGUCUGCUGAUGAUCGGCAACUAUUACUGCUUCGACAACCCGGCGGCGCUCAAGAGCCAGCUGCAGCAGCACUUCAACACCAUCCCCAAGGACCGCUACGAGUUCCUCUUCAACUUGCUGUACACGUUGUACUCGAUCCCCAACAUCCUGCUGCCGUUCUUCGGGGGCGUCUUGGUGGAUCGGUUCGGUGCGCGGUUUGGUCGCGUGGUGUUUGGAUUUGGCGGAGAAAGUCUCGGUGUGGCUCAGGGAACGCUCGUCGCUUCGUGGUUCAAGAACAGCGAACUUGCGCUGGCAUUGGGCAUCAACCUCAGUGUUGCGCGGCUGGGGAGCGUCAUCAAUAACGAACUGAGUCCUGUUGUCUCCCAAGCAUCAAGCGUUUCCACGGCACUGUGGGUGGGCGUGAUCAUGUGUCUGGCGUCUACCUUCAUGGUGCUAUUGCUGAUACCAAUCGACAAACGAGCGGAAAAGUUGACGAAAGAGAACCAGAAAGAGGCAGGAGUGGCUGCUGAAAGCAUCCACUUCAGUGAUAUCAAGCAUUUCCGCCCAGCUUUUUGGCUCUUGGCGCUGAGCUGCCUGGUGGUUUAUGGCUGCGUGAUCCCGUUCAACAACGUCGCGAGCAGUCUUCUUAUGGAGCGGGACUUUUUCAAGGAGCCCCCUGAGCUGUGCCGACGAUGCGGAGAAGGGCUUUACGAUUUCGAGAUCGAUUGCGCCGAGAUUGUACCGGGGUGCCCCAGUGUUCCUCCAUACGGGUGGCCGUUACCGUUGUUGUCAGCGAAUUGCACAAUCAAAGAGCCGCUCGAUCAAUGGAACUGCUCGACUUCCCCUCCGCUAAUUGAAGGAGACAAGAUCAAUUGCGACGACGAAGCUUGGAGGCUUGGACCUUUUACGCAGACAUACUGUGCCACGAAAAUGGAUGCGGCCCAGAAAGCUGCAACUCCGAUGUCCAUCCCGUACAUUAUUAGUGCGGUCAUCUCUCCGUUCCUCGGGUUUGUGGUCGACCGAAUCGGUCUUCGCGCGUUUUUGGCGCUAGUGGCUCCGGUCGCGCUGACCGCGGUCCACGUCAUGCUCGGACUGACUCAGGUAAGUCUCUACGUGCCGCUGGUGCUUCAAGGCGUCGCCUACAGCGUGUUCGCCGCAGCACUGUGGCCGUCCGUUCCGUACGUGGUGGAGGCGAAGCACGUCGGUACUGCAUAUGGAGCGAUCACUGCGAUCCAGAAUAUUGGGCUCGCACUAUUUCCGCUGGCAGUGGCUGCUGAGUUCAACCACGAUGAUCGGUACAUUCCUGGCGUGGAGUUGCUCUUCGUGUCGUUUGGCGUCUUGGGCAGCCUCGUGGGCAUUGCGCUCAAUGUGGUGGACUACCAAAACGGGUCCAUUCUUAACCACACAAACGCCACGAAGAGAAGGGUCUCGCUCAUGUUGGACGAGGACGCCCUCGACAACGAGGCACUGCUGGCUGCGGAGCACUAAUCUGUGUUUGCAUCUACAUUGUGUAAAGCUUCUCUGAAACUGAAAUACAAGAGCGGUAUUAUAUUG